AUGAUCGUCCAUCUCACGCCCGACACCAUCCCUUCCACUCCCCGUGGCAGCCCAGCACACCCAGACCUCACCAUGGAGGCCACUGUGGAACUCUCCGGCAGCGCCUCAACCAUCUCAGCCGAUGCGGAGUAUCAGGUAGCCCAACACAAAAGCAACGGAAUCCGGGAUCGCAUCAAGCAACGGAGCUCUAGAAUCCUCUCUUUAUUGGGGCUUCGAGGCCCCAGCGGUGUAUUGAAAACAGUGACCACGCGUGAAACUACUGCCCCGCAGAAACCUUCGAGCGAGAGCAACCCAUCACAGUCUUUUCAUUCUCUUCCAGCUGACAUCCGAGCCCCAUCUAGCAGCACCGCCAUGGAGGAAGAGGAAGGCCGUGAGGGCCUGCUGACUUGCAUCACCCACAGCUGCACGACUCCAUUGCCUGAGACAUUUAUGACAUCUGCCACUCCGAGGGAGGCAGUCUAUCCAGAACAAUCAGGCGAUACAGCAAGAGCACGGAAGUCGGAGAUGCCUGAGCUACAGAGCGGUUCAGUAGCCGCGGUCAAACGAAGCAAGUCAACGCCCGCUGUUCUGACUAGUAUGGUGUCUACAAAACUGUCCACGACAUUCGGUAAUCCCACUGUCAUUCGUCGCUCGCAUCUUCGUUCGCCGCUUAACAUAAUGCCAGUGCAUUAUCCAGCUUCCUCACCAGGUCCAAGCAGACUGGAGGAGAGCCCCAAUGACAGCUCGAGUCCGUCGACAUCUCCCAUAAGCAGUGUGUCUCCGUUGGGUACACAGUCCACUCCUCCCACUUCUGAGGACCCAUCACGGGGUUCGAAACAGGCCCUUGGCGGUCCAGCCAAAGCUUUACCACAUUCUUCUCCUUCAGCCCAUUCGGUGGAAGAAGCUUUGAGCUCGACCGAAGUUUCAGGGACGUCGCCGUCGAUUGUUACAGUCGAAGCUGCUGCCAAUGCCAAGGUUUUCUUCGAGACCUACUUUAACAAUGUCUUCUGCGGGACAGACCCUCGUUCACAGCGUCGCCAGGAGCUGGAACAAUACAUGUAUGGACUGCCACUGAGCCCCGAAGAACGAGCACGCAUCUGGGACAACUGGAUUACCCAGGAGCGCCACUACCUCCGCCAAUGCCGCGUCCUCAAGAGUCGGUCGCAUGGCGGCGGUAGCCAUGAUACGACUGUGUCUCUCGCUGGGUUUGAGGUUAUCAAAGUGCUUGGACGGGGUAGCUUUGGGGUCGUGCGCCUCGUGAAGGAAGAGAAAACAGAGGACACAAACCAUGACGGCGACUCGGAAGACAAGCUCUUGCGCUGGAGAAAUGAAGGUACAAAGUCUCGAGCAUAUGGGCUUGAUUCCCUUCGGUCUGCAAAUGAUGGAACCAAGAGCAGCCGACGCAGAAUCAUGACUGCCGUGAAGAAGGAUGUCUUCGCGAUGAAGGUUAUUCGUAAGUCGGCGAUGAUCCGUAACAGCCAGGAAGGUCACUUGCGAGCCGAAAGAGACUUCCUGGUGGCGUCGGCCAAAUCUCGCUGGAUUGUACCCUUGAUAGCUAGCUUCCAGGAUCAGAACCACCUUUACCUCAUCAUGGACUACAUGGUGGGUGGGGAUUUCCUCGGCUUGCUGAUGCGUCGAAACAUGUUGCCCGAAACAGUUGCCCGAUGGUACAUUGCGGAGAUGAUUCUCUGCAUUGAAGAGGCUCAUCGACUGUGCUGGAUCCACCGCGAUGUCAAGCCAGACAACUUUCUGAUCUCGGCCUCGGGCCACUUGAAGAUAUCGGACUUUGGUCUGGCCUUUGACGGGCAUUGGGCACACGAUCAGGUCUACUACAAUGACCACCGCCACACCCUCCUCAAGCGGCUCGGGAUCCGGGUAGACGGUGAUGACCUUGACCAGACCGAGGCGAAAAAGAUGGCGGAGUCCUCCAGUGGGCUGGAUCCGGGACCGGUUGAUGACUCCGGAUGGACCCCCCCUACUGCUGGUCUCCUAGGAUGGCGCGAUCGCACACAGAAACGGCGGUUAGCUGGAAGCAUCGUAGGGACCAACCAGUACAUGGCCCCCGAGGUGGUUCGUGGAGAGCUGUACGACGGGCGAUGUGACUGGUGGAGUAUUGGCAUCAUCCUAUACGAGUGCCUGUAUGGCUUUACUCCCUUUGCUUCGGAUGAUCGCCAGAAGACGAAGUUAAAAAUCCAUCAUCAUCUCCAAACCCUACAUUUCCCAAAUCGACCAUCCGAUAAGCUCGUCUCUGCUGAAGCAAUCGACUUGAUAAACAAUCUCCUGCAGGAGAAAGAACAUCGCUUGUCCUCCAACAAGUAUCGCGUGAAUGACUCCGUCACCUUUCGCCUGGCAGCCAAGCAUCCCCUUUACAGUAUGGACCCUCGCAAUAAAAACUAUCGCGGGUUCUAUGUAUACCCCAAUGACGCAACAGACAUCAAGAGCCAUCCAUUUUUUUGCUGUAUCAACUGGAAUGAAAUCCACCAGUCAAUGCCUCCGUUCAUCCCCAAGGUCAAAGGUUGGGAAGAUACCCGGUACUUCGAUGACGCAGGAUAUGAGCAUGGUCACGAUGAGGCCUCUGCAGCCUCAGACGCAGAGCAUGCCGAGCCCUCCAGCGAGGCAGACGAGCGAGACGAGCGCCACCAAAAUAGGGGAGACCCACCCCAAUAUCAGGAUAUUGACAGCCUGCUGAGUCCCGUCGCAAGCAAGCCGCCUCAGAAAAACCGCCGCAAGGGAAGGGACAAGAAGCGACCUCGGGACAAGUUGCUGCGAGACCGCAAACUACGCAUGACGGUCUUGGAGAUGCGCAAGAGGGGAGCAUUCUUGGGAUAUACCUAUCGCCGACCCCAUGCCGUUGCGAUGGCAUUGGCCCCAGACCGCGGGCGAGGACUACUGGCACGAGGCCAUCUGUCGGAGUUGUACGGUUAG